GAGAGAAGCACAGAUCUUUUAGUAUGGUGAAGGCUGCAGCGACCAAAGGUGGAGGAGAAGAUGACAUUAGCUUCAACAAAUAUGCUUCUGCCUGUGCUAUCGUCGCUUCCAUGAUAUCCAUUAUAUUUGGCUAUGAUACGGGUGUCAUGAGCGGAGCUAUGAUAUUCAUAAAGGAAGACCUGAAAAUCAGCGACACGCAAGUGGAGAUUCUAGCAGGAAUCCUUAACCUGUGCGCAUUAGUAGGCACUUUGACUGCCGGAAGAACCUCUGAUUAUAUAGGUCGUAGGUACUCCAUCGUCCUCGCAUCCAUCCUCUUCCUGCUCGGUUCGCUUCUCAUGGGCUACGGCCCAAACUACUUAGUUCUGAUGGCAGGAAGGUGCACUGCUGGUAUUGGCGUAGGGUUUGCCCUUCUCGUAGCCCCAGUUUAUUCUGCAGAAAUUUCCUCUGCCUCAUCGCGUGGUUUUCUCACCUCUCUUCCUGAGCUUUGUAUCGGCAUAGGCAUCCUUCUUGGCUAUGUCUCCAACUACUUCUUCGGCAAAUUGCCUUUAAGACUUGGAUGGAGAUUGAUGCUUGGCAUCGCAGCGAUUCCUUCUCUUGCUUUAGCUCUUGGCAUUCUAAGAAUGCCAGAAUCUCCAAGGUGGCUAGUCAUGCGAGGCAAACUUGGAAAAGCCAAGAAAGUCUUGCUGCAGAUUUCCAAUACCACAGAAGAAGCAGAACUACGCUUCAAGGAUAUAAAAGUCGCUGCUGGGAUUGACGAGGCCUGCCAAGAGGACGUUGUUAAGGUUUCUACAAAGUGUCAAGGUGAAAGUGUCUUGAAAGAACUGAUUUUAAGGCCUUCGCCUUGUGUUCGAUGGAUGCUGAUUACGGUCGUUGGGAUUCACUUCUUUGAGCACGCGACUGGCAUAGAGGCCGUGAUGUUAUAUAGCCCAAGAAUCUUCAAGCAAGCCGGCGUCACCUCUAAGGACAAGCUCUUACUCACAGUGAUUGGAAUCGGUUUUACAAAGGUUGCCUGUCUGAUCAUAGCCACGGUGUUGCUAGACAAAGUUGGAAGAAGACGCCUCUUGCUAAUAAGUCUGGGAGGGAUGAUCUGUGCCCUUUCAGUAUUGGGGUUCAGCCUGACUAUGUCAGAUCAUUCUACAACGAAACUGGUAUGGGCCUUGGGCCUGAGCAUAGCGUCCACCUACACUACUGUUGGGUUCUUUAACAUUGGGCUUGGGCCGGUCACUUGGGUCUACAGCUCUGAGGUAUUCCCUUUGAAGCUGAGAGCGCAAGGGGCGAGUAUAGGAGUUGCUGUGAACAGAGUGGUGAAUGCGAGUGUUUCCAUGAGCUUUAUUUCCAUCAACAAGACAAUCACUAUUGGUGGGAGCUUCUUCAUGUUUGCCGGAAUAUCUGCAUUGGCUUGGGCCUUCUUCUUCUUUUUCCUCCCAGAAACCAAAGGCAAGUCCUUGGAAGAGAUGGAGAAACUUUUUACUAAAAAUAAUAAUUCCAGAACUGGGGCCUUUGGAACUGAUCCUGCAAAUAAUAUAUCUCCUCUGAACGAAGAAAUGAAAGAUGAUGACGCACUCCCAACAACCACAGCCUUUGCGAAGAAGGAAAGUGCCGAUUCGGGUUUGUUUGGGAAAGGGAAGUAUAAAUUCUGGGCGUUAGCUGCCAUUUUGCUUCUCGCACUUUGGUCCAUGUUCACCGGUACUGUAUCUCUUCGGUGGUCCGGAAGUCUCAACAGUUUGUCCAAGGACCUCGAUACUCCCAUCCAUGACGACCUUGAUGUCCUUGAAAUGGAAGAGAGGGAGAAGGUGGUGAAACACAUGUGGGAUGUAUACACCAACAGCCGUCGGAUCAGAUUACCGCGAUUCUGGCAGGAGGCAUUCGAGGCAGCUUAUGAAGUGCUAACUAGUGAUGCGCCUGGGGUCAGAGAGGCCGCCAUCACGGAGAUCGCCAAGAUGUCUGUGCGCUCCAUUGAUUUCGACUCCCCUCCCAUCCAAUCAACGAGAGCACAAGAAUUUAGCAAAAGCCUGAAGCAACAACAAAAAGGUAAAGAAGCAGCAACAAUUACUGGAGCUUAAAGAUAAGAAGAAUUGAGAGCAUCGAAGGGCAUGAUUUGUAAUUAAAAAUGCCCAUGCGCUGCGAGAAGUUUGUGAAGAGGCAGUGAUCCACCAAGCCAUAGUACGCUUACAAUGCUUUUAGAGCAGGAUAAAUUAUGCAUUUUAUUAUUAUAGGUUGUAUUUUUCCAAAUUUUUUGGUCAUUCAAAAUCUUCACAAUACAAGGGAUAGUAAAUUUGGAGCACGACCUUUUUGGGCAGAUUAUUUCGUGCCAAAGAAUGUUUCUCGAGGUUCAGCUCGUUAAGAUCAUAGCAAAAUCCACUUUAUCUUUUGAUAAUAGAUUCUCAGGAGUCUCCUGGAUAGUCAGAUCAA